CCCCCCUCUUCUCCUCACCAUCGCGCCGUGAAGUGGAUGUUUUGGUGAAAAAAUACGGUGUCGAAAAGGGACGUAAACACAUUCAAAACAUGACAUUUCGACCGAGUGGAACCUAAAGUGGUAUUGCAGGGGAAAGAGGGGCGUCUUCAGCGAAGGUUUCGGUUUAUCUGUAUAUCGUAUUCUUCCGCAUGUCCGCUUUCUUCGUAGAUGGUCUCCGGCGAGCGUUGUCUGGCGGCGGACGACGAGUUCUCGAAGAAUAAUAUGAAGGAGAUGAUCGGUGGUUGCUGUGUUUGCUCUGACGAGAGAGGCUGGGCGGAAAAUCCGCUGGUGUACUGCGACGGACACGGCUGCAACGUCGCCGUGCAUCAAGCCUGCUAUGGCAUCGUGCAGGUGCCCACCGGUCCUUGGUUCUGCAGAAAGUGUGAAUCUCAGGAGAGAGCAGCCCGUGUGAGAUGUGAGCUGUGUCCCCACAAAGAUGGAGCCCUCAAGAGGACAGACAACGGAGGCUGGGCCCAUGUGGUUUGUGCCCUUUACAUACCGGAAGUGGAAUUCGCCAAUGUCUCAACUAUGGAGCCCAUAGUACUCCAGUCUGUGCCACAUGAGCGCUAUAACAAGACAUGUUAUAUCUGUGAGGACCAGGGCAGAGAGAGUAAAGCAGCCUGUGGAGCCUGUAUGACCUGCAACAAACAUGGCUGCAGGCAGGCCUUCCAUGUCACAUGUGCCCAGUUUGCGGGGUUGUUAUGUGAGGAACAAGGAUCAGACGCAGACAAUGUCAAGUACUGUGGAUAUUGCAAAUACCACCACAGCAAAUUGCGAAGGCGCAGGGGCCGUGGUAGUAGGUCUCAAAGCUUAAGUGACUCUUCCACUCAGUGUAUGGAUAGACCCCCAGACGAGGACAAGAAGAAACACAAGGAGAGGGACAGGCACAAACCAAAACACAAGAAGACCUCCAUGGACAUGUCGCCUUCACUCAUUCUUCCAAACAUCAUGGUCCCAGACAAGACUUACAACAGCAGCAGUUCAGUGGGAGGUGUCACCUCUCUGCCGGCACCCUCACAGAAGCGGCUGGACGACGGCACGGCCCGUUUCACCACCGCCAACUUUCAAGAAGUGUCGUCCACUCUCUCUGGCGGUAGUUCCAAAGAUGGGUUGGCUGCAGAAGGUGGGAAGGCGACGUCUGAGGUGAAGAACAAGAAGAACAGCGGCGGGAGUCAUGCGGUGGGACAGAGGGGCGGCCGCAAGUCUCUCACCUCCUCAGGGAAACCCCUCCCCUCCGCCGUGGUCACCAUGGCAACCUCCUCCACAUCUGCCUCUGCUUCCACUGGGCCUUUCCACCAAGGUCUCCUGUUGACCAGUGCCAGCAAGACGCCCUCUGCUCCUUCCUCCUCAGACUUCCUAAGUUUCUCAGAUUCAGCGUUGCGCCCCGGGGGUGGGACCACCUUCUCCUCCCCACCAUCUUUCAGCAGCUGCCUUGUGAAGCCGAGCUCAGAGGGCGGAGCUUCAGAGGGAACUACAACACUCUUCGGUUCUCUGAUGUCUGCCACUACGGCUUCUGCAGUGGGCGGGAAGCUGUAUGAGAAUUCCCACAGUCACACAGCUAGCGAGACGACAAGCCUUGGUGGGUGUGCUGGCUACAAACGGCCCCAACCCUCCAGCUCAGGACCGGGGAUCGGAGGAGCAGUGGCAGGAGGAGGGGAAGAUGGGGUGAAGAAGAAAAAGAAGGGCAACUGGCGAAACCGAUUUGGACCUUGCUUCACCACGGAUGUGAAGCCUUCAGAGCCAGCUCCCUCCCUGACUCUCCCCACCUCCUCCACAGCCAACACCGCCUCCUCCACCGCCCCCCCUUCCUCCUCUUCAUCCUCGACGCUCUCAGGCCGGCCGGGCUUAGUUUCCAGCAGUGGAUUAGGAGUGGGAGGAGUAGGAGAGAGGGGGUUGGGGGUCAUGGGUGUCAGCGGUGGGAUUCAGAAGUCCCCGUCGCUCCUCAGGAAUGGGAGUCUGCAAAGCAACAGCAGCUCCACAACCACUGGGCCAGGUGUUUUCUGUGGUGUGGAUGGGUCAUCGUCGGGGACAGGAGCUGUCACCGUGGGCGGAGCCAGCUCUGAGUUGUCACAGCAACAGCAGCCCACACCUUCGCUAGCCCCUCCCUCUCCAUUCACUGCCACUGCACCGCUAACCAGCACAGCCUCCACACAUGUGAGCGGUCUGCCAGGUUCUGUCUUCAACCUCGCUCCCUCCCACAUGUUUGGGAACAGGCUGAAUCCCAACUCGGCCAUGGCAGCUCUCAUCGCCCAGUCCGAGGCCUCACCAGCAGAUCAGGAGGUGGGAGACGGCAGCAGCGGCGUCGGAGCUCAGGGCUUCUCCAUAAGAGCCUCUCCCAAGACCACCCCGCGCUCUCCCAUUGGUGGCCUGCAGAUCCGCUAUGACUCCUCGGGGUCGUUGCCGGGGCCGGGGCCAGGGUUGCUAGGGGCGGGGGGAGGCGGCGGGGAGGCGGUGCCCCCGGUGGCCACCAGCAUAGAGCAGCUCCUGGAGAGGCAGUGGAACGAAGGGCAGAGCUUCCUGCUGCAGCAGGGAGCGCAGGGAGACGUGGUGGGAAUGUUGAAGUCCCUUCACCAGCUGCAGGAGGAGAACAGGAAGCUGGAGGAGCAGAUUAAAACUCUGACCAUGAAGAAAGAGAGACUGCAGCUUCUCAGCGCUCAGCUAUCAGUGCCUUUCACCCCCACCACAGCCUCCUCUGAUAUGAAAGGAGCCACUGACUCAUCUUUACCUGUGGCAGCUCAGGACAGUGCAUCAUGUGGUGGCCACAGCAGUAGUGGCUCCACCUCUUCUCUCUCCACCCCUCCCUCCGUCUCUCAGAGCCCGCCCCAGACGCAGCUGAACGGAGUUGCUGCCGUGGGAACGACACCAGCCGGGGUGGCAGGGCUGAUGGGCGCUCUGGGUGCGGGGAGCGCGCUGGGCAUGGGGGGAAUUGUCGGGGCGCUCAACGGGGUGAUCCAGACGCCGACAGGCACCAUCAGCCCUCACACACACACUACAGGAGCAGCUACGGGCGUCACAUUACCUGUUAAUAAUAGCAGCUCAACAACUAGCAAGAACAGCGCUGCGCGGCUCGGCCUGCUGUCUGAGCAGCACAGACUCCUCCUGCAGCAGCAUCAGCUCCAGCAGCUGCUGUCCUCGCAACCUUCAGCGGAGCAACAGCAGGUGUUGCUUUACCAACUGAUGCAGCAGCAGCAGGACCUCCAGCAGCUGCAGUCCCUCUCCUCCUCUGCCCAGAUUCCCUCCAUCCCACUCUCCUCCGCUCAGCUGCCCAUCAACAACCUGCUGCCCGGCGCCCAGAGCCAGGGCCAAGGCGCCAUCACCGCCAACCCGUUCCUGGCGCUGCAGCACGCACACACUGACACACACACCUCGGGGGCACAGAAGCCGCGGCUAGCCGAGAAGGCCGUGGGCGUCGCAGGGCAGGAAAAGACAUGACGGCAGAUGCUCUUUAGUGUUUUGGUUGCUGUUUUUUUUUCUUUAAAUAAAUAUGCAGAGUCUUCGGGAGAUCAGCCUGUUGGUCAACUUUGUAGUUCAGUGAUGAGAACAUUGACAGCAGAGUAAUCUGUGUUCCUGGUAGAUUAUUCUUUCCAGUUGUCUCUGCUAAUACAUUAGCACACGCUGUGGUGAGUGACAGCAUUUCAUUUGCAGUCACUUGAACUUGCCAGGUUUAUUUCUGCAACUUUUUCAGGUUACAGUCCUAACACAGCAUUUUGUGUUAAUAUAUGUACUAUUUAUUUCCAUCCAGUUCUAGAUGUUUUACUUUGUAGCUUUAGUGCUGCUUCAGGUUCUUAUUUUAUCACUGUUGAGAUAAUGAUUUUUCAUUUGAUAUCACUGGUAGCAACUUAGCGUGUUAGUGUCGGUAAAUAAGCGUGUGUGUCCGUUCUCUUCUCUCAACAGGUGAGUUGACUAACAGGUCAGCUUCCCAGAAACCUUUUCCUUUAACUAGUUUCUCUCAAUAUUUUCUUCUCUAAUCUCAUCAUUCUGCUUCUUUUCGUCUUUCUCCUCUUCUUUCUCUUGUUGCUGUGUCAUGUUUUUGCAUUUCUCUCACUGCUUCCCCACUCUCCACACUCACAUCCCUCUCGGUCUGGUCUCUGCUGUCUCACUCUCUCAGGGGCCUCAUCUAUCAGAGUUGUGUACUCAGCACACAAGCUAGCACACACACAGAACUACAAAUAUAGAAAUAAAAAUACAUGAUUAUAAAAAAGAAACUACAAUUCCCUUCUACAGGAGUUAACAGUAGCAGAUGUAUGUUUGACAUCUGCCUUGCAGCGGUCCUGGGGGGGAAUAUUGGGUGAAAGGCUUGUGAAAAUAUCCCACAUGUUCUCGCUGUUGCCUCUCUUCCCAUGUCUCUUUCACUCCGUUUGUGUAGAUCCAUUAAUGUCAGUGAGCCAAGCCUCGUACAGUCACCACACAAGCCUUGCUUUUGACGGUCUCUUCUCUGGGCCAGAUUCAGGGGGCUCACUCAGGGAAGUGAAAUGUAAAAAUGGGGAGGGGGGGAACAGCAAGUUGAAUGUUCAGAGGGAUGCAUUAAUCCACACAGCACAGACUUACAAAAGAGAAAAUAUGCAGUUGGUUGUCAGCACGUGGAAGUCAUUACAUUUCAUCUUCCUGAUUGAGCCCCCCGCUACCACCUACCUCUCGAGCAGGACCAGCCUAUCAGGACCUAAAAGGCCGACAGCAGCGGCCAUUAAAAACCCACAACAGUCAGGACUGGCCAUUCAGGGUCCAAACCCAAGUGCCUGAGGCCAAGGGAGGAAGGCGGGAUUUAUUUUCCUUUUACCUGUGUCCCUGUCACUCAGCCCAGUUCUUCACAACGCUACUCGUAAUUAAGCUACGUUGCUAAGGCAACAGAUACUUGGUAACGUCAGGCUGGACGUACCGCCUCUUUAAUAAAACCAGGAAUAUUAUUCUGCUGCAUUCUCUAAUAUCAAAGCCAACUUUGUAUUGUGCUUUUUAUUUAUUGGGAGUUUGUUUGUGUAAUGGGCAUAAGAUGAUAUAUUUUAAAAGCCUGCUGGUGUUACAAUUUAACAUCAUUUUGUACUACUGUGUAAAGUUUUGUUUGUCUUUUGUUUUUUGUUUUCUCAUACAGUCGAAUCUUGCUGUACAUCCUUUUAAUGACUUCUUCUCUGUGUUGUGUUUAAAGGCUAGAAGCUACUUGAUAGUUGGCUGAUUGGGGAGGGGUGUCGCUGUAUAUAGCUCUUUGUAGGGGGGAGGAAGUGUGUCAGGGGCUCUUCAAUGGCACAGUUUUUACCUCGUUAAGUGUACAUAGACCUUUCUCAUUGGCCGUUGGUGUACAUAAGUGAUUGUGAUUGGCCGUGCUGGUGUGAAGGAAAGCCAAUUAAGCCUCAGUUUGUGUGUGUGAAUCUUUAGGACCAGACAAAAAGGUUGACAGUGACUGGACACACAAAGUAUUAAUUUAUUUUUAUAUGUUCAGGGACAUUGUGUUUCUUUUUUAAGUUUUGCACCAUUUUCUUGAUGAGAAGUCAUUUUAUACUUGGGGCACCGUGUUUUCAUCUGUGCACAUAUUUGUUUGGAUCAAUUUUGUACAAGUUGAAAAUAUUUGGGGGGUUGACAUUGUAUUUCAAAACACCAAAAUAAAGAAACACUAUGGAUAAAGUAACAGGA